CUUGUAGUUCUACAACCACUGCCCCCUCCCCCAGGUCUCAGUUCCACAACUUUUCUUUUAUCUGCAAAUUCCUGAGGCCCCCCCACCAGGAGAGGAACAGACUGUCCCCCUGAGGGUGGCCACCUCCUCCCAUCGUCAGCAGAUGCACCUGGACUUCUACAACAGAUACUGCCACUGAUCUGCCUACAGGGUCCUGUAACAUUUGAUGAUGUUGCUGUGUAUUUUUCCAAGGAGGAAUGGAGUCAUUUAGGAGACAUGGAGAAAGCUCUCUACAAAAAUGUGAUUAUGGACAAUUACCAUAUGCUCCAAUCACUAGGUUUUGUGGGCCAUAAACCAGAGAUUGUGCAAUGGAUUGAACAAGGGAAAGAAGUCUUUUUAAGCCGUCAGCAGGAAAUGUUAUGGAGAAAUCGCUGUCCACUAUUGGACCCAGGUUUUACGACAGCAUUUCAGGUGGCUCCAAAGGUGUCGCAGAGUCCCGGCCGGCCAUCAUACUGGACUUGCCAUGAUAAUAUUCUGUGUCCUACUCCUGAAGAACAGUACCUGAUGGAGAGAAAUAAAUGGUCACUUUGGGACACCAAAAUCUCUGGAGAAUGCCAAGAGUUUCAGCAAGUUGUGGGGCUGUCCUGUACUCCUGAUCAUAGCAGGGAUUCCAUCAAGGAUAGAGUGAAGACAGAAAACCAGCCAGAGAAAGUCAAGCUACCACAUAUGGAGAUAACUCUGUUUGGGCGCAAAGGGGUUAGAAGGUAUUCAUGCUUGGAGUGUGGGAAAGACUUUCUACAAAGUUCACACCUCAAGUCGCACCAGAAAGUGCACACAGGAGAGAAAGCACAUGUCUGCGAAGAGUGUGGGGUGCAUUUUGCAGAAAGGAGUAGACUCAUAAAGCACAGAAGGACGCACAUGGGCGAGAAACCAUACGAGUGUCUCAGGUGUGGUAAAAGGUUUUCGCAGAGUUCUCAUCUCAGUAUACACCAGAAAACGCACAUGAAGCAACCAUGUCCUGAGUGUGGGCACCUCAUAUCUAGUAGCACCAAGCUACAGCCUGCUCAGAAAGACUGUUCACAGUGUAACCAGCGCCGCAUGGAAAGGCUAAAUGUCAUCAGCCAACGAAAACAGAAAAAAAGAGAGAAGAUUUACCAGUGUACUCAGUGUGAAAAGUGCUUCACCCGCAGCGACAACCUUGCAGUCCACUACAGAACUCACACAGGGGAGAAACCGUACGCCUGUUCUGACUGUGGGAAAAUGUUUACAGACAGGUCAAACCUUGUCAGCCAUUUGAGAACUCACACAGGAGAGAAGCCAUAUACCUGCACAGAAUGUGGAAAAAGCUUUCCCUAUAACACUGCACUAGUUAUACACAAGAGAGCACACAGUGGAGAGAAGCCAUAUAUAUGUAGUGAGUGUGGGAAAAGCUUUAUUUGCAACUCACGGCUAGUUGUACACAUGAAAGAUCACACAGGGGAAAGGCCAUUCGGCUGCGAUGUGUGUGGUAAAAGUUUUUCGUGCAGUGCGUCUCUUGUAAAGCACCAGAUUAUACACACUGGGGAAAGGCCGUAUAUCUGCAUGGAGUGUGGUAAAACUUUCAUUCGGGGGUCCCACCUUGCGAUACAUCAUAGAACUCACACAGGGGAGAAACCGUACAUGUGUUCAGAUUGCGGGAAAGAAUUUGCAGAUAAAUCCAAUCUGACAAGCCACCAGCGAACCCACAAAGCAGAGAAAAACUACGAGUGUAAAGAAUGUGGGCGGAGGUUCACACAGAGCUCCACAUUGCUUAAACACCAGCUAAUUCACACAAAAGAAAAGCCCUUUGCCUGCCCUGAAUGCGGAAAACUCUUCUCUCAACGCGCAAAUCUUCUCAUUCACCUGCGGUCGCACACUGGAGAGAGGCCAUACAUGUGUGUCGUGUGUGACAGAAGCUUUUCCCACCAGUCACAUCUUGUUAAACAUCAGAAAAUUCAUAAAUGAUACAGCAAUCCAUGAUAUAUGCAGCUACUAUUAACAUAUGCAAACUGAAUAUUUUUAGAUUCUAGACAAAUCCUGAUCUCUCAUGGAAUUAACUUUGUAUGCUUGCCUUAAAGUAGACUAGCCACUAAUAAAAAUUAAAUAAAUCCAGAGGCAGAUGUUUUUGUAUCAAUAUACAUGAGAAUGCUUCCGUUACUGGAAUGGGAUGUAGUGACAUAUUGCUACAGUGAUAUUAUUAUUUUCAAGUGAAACAAUAUACUUAUGGAUUUAUAUUUGUGGUAGCAAGUAUUAUUAUUAGUAUUAUUAUCCUUUCUCAUACGUCCUAGAGGAUGCUGGGGAUGCUUCAAGAACCAUGGAGUAUUGACGGGAUCCGCAGGAGAC